UAACACCUUCCACACGACGCGACACGACACGACCCGUCGCCACCCCUUUAGCAUUGCGAGUCACGUGCAAACGCACACACGGAAUUCCCCAAUGCGCAGUGCGCACCCUAUCGCAGCUUUAGCCCCAAAACCCCCCAGUUUCUGCAACUCAACACCAAAGUCUCCGGCUUCUUGGGGAGCCAAUUGAGAGAAAAUCAUAAAUACGUCUUCAGAUUCUAGAGAGAGAAAAAUCGUACCAGGCUGAAUCUAUCUAUCUAUAUGUGUAUAUAUAGAGAGAGAGUGCGAGAGCGAAAAUAUUUGUAGUGAGAGAGAGUAUUAUGGGAAGCACCUUUCUCUCUUUACCAGCGAAGCGUUCCCUAUCGACAAUGUCUUCCGACCCCAACUUCGAAAACGGCUCCUCCAAGCGAUCCAGGCCCCCUCCGCCUCCCCUCAGCGUCCCUCCCGGCCACGUGGCCUUCCGUAUGCUCUGCCACGCGUCUCGCAUCGGUGGCGUCAUCGGAAAGUCAGGUAGCGUGAUCAAGCAGCUACAGCAGGCCACUGGGGCCAAGAUCCGAAUCGAAGAAGCCCAAGUCGAGUCGCCGGACCGGGUAGUGGUGGUCGUCGCUCCGAGCGCAAUCCGUUCCAAGAUUUGGCUCAGAACUCCAGGCCUCGAAAAUGUGAAUGUUGGUGGUGGUGGUGGGGAAGAGGAGAUUGAGGUUUCGAAGGCGCAGGAGGCGCUUCUGAGAGUGUUCGAGAGGAUUCUUGAGGUGGCGGCGGAGACCGGGGCGAUUCCGGCGGAUGUUGGGGUGGUUUCGUGCCGGUUUCUGGCUGAGGCAGCGCAGGUCGGGUCGGUGAUUGGGAAGGGCGGUAAGGUGGUGGAGAAGAUUAGGAAAGAGACUGGUUGUAAAAUUAGGGUUUUGAAUGAGAAAUUGCCGGCUUGUGCAUUUUCUACGGACGAGAUGGUCGAGAUAGAAGGGGAUAUUUUGUCUGUAAAGAAAGCACUUGUUGCUGUCUCUGGCCGUCUUCAAGAUUGUCCACCAGUUGACAAGACACGGAUGACUGGAAGCAGGCCUCUGGAGGCAGUUCCUUAUGAGACUUUACCUGAUCUCCGUUUAGAUCAUCUUUCACAGAGGAACUCAAUGCUUACCUCUUUGCCAAGCAGCUCCAUGAGUUAUGCUUCAGGAGUUCGUCCAUCAUCAAUUGAGGCUGAAAGGAUCCCCACACUUGAAACAAAAAUGGUACAACAGGAAGUUACUUUCAAGAUUCUUUGUGCCAAUGAUAGGGUUGGGGGUGUAAUUGGAAAGGGGGGUGCCAUUGUCAGGGCCCUUCAGAAUGAGACAGGUGCUGCAAUAAGUAUUGGACCAUCUGUGGCUGAGUGUGAUGAACGAUUAAUUACUGUUGCUGCAUCGGAGAGUCCUGAAUCACGGUACUCGGCAGCACAAAAGGGUAUUGUUCUUGUUUUCACAAGGUCCGUAGAAGCAGGCAUUGAAAAAGGGCGAGACUCAAGCUCAAAUAAAGGGUCAUCUCUUACUGCACGGCUUGUAGUCCCAUCAAACCAAGUUGGUUGUUUGCUGGGAAAAGGGGGUGUAAUAGUUUCGGAGAUUCGGAAGGUAACUGGUACUGGUAUACGAAUAAUAGGCGGUGACCAGGUCCCAAAGUGCGCCUUAGAGAAUGAUGAAGUUGUACAGAUUUCAGGAGAUUUUUCAAGUGUGCAAGAUGCUUUGUACAAUAUUACUGGUAGAUUACGAGAUAACCUUUUCUCCAGCACAGUAAAUAAUUCCGGAAGAAGGAGCAGUUCAUCCAUGCUAACCGAUACCAGUCCUUAUGGAAGACUAAGGGAUCCUACUCCUAUUGGAUUUCAGCCAUCAUCAUCAGUUGGUGUUAAUCAUGGUCUCAGUCGACAUACAACUCUAACUCAAAGUAUGGAUCAUCUUGGACUUUCUCAUAGUUUAGAUCAUCCUUCCUCCUCACCAAGGCCAUGGGCAUCACAGAUGGUAGCUUCAAGGGGCAUCACCGAUACUGGCAGGGGUUUGACUUCUCUAAAAAGUGGCACAGAACUUGGCAGCGGAAACAAAUCUGCUAUUGUGACAAAUACAACUGUAGAGAUCAUAGUUCCUGAAAAUGUUAUUGGCUCUGUGUACGGGGAGAAUGGUUCCAAUUUGGCUCGUCUAAGACAGAUUUCUGGUGCCAAGGUCAUAGUGCAUGAGCCCCGUCCUGGAACAACCGACAGGAUUAUUGUUAUAUCUGGGACACCUGAUGAAACCCAGGCAGCACAGAGCCUCUUACAUGCAUUCAUUCUUACGGGACCAUCAUGACCAUUAGUUGGUCUCAAGACACGUUUGCAAGAGAUGACUCCCGGGAUGUCACUUAGUCAUCGGCUUUUGCUUUUGUCAAAUAUUGUACACUAAAGUAGGAAGAUUCAGGGUUCCUAUAUUGCCAAUCACGAGCUAAAGAGGUAAAUUUUGUUCCAUUGGCUUACCAAUAUGUUUCAUAGUGUGUUAGAUCAUUGUUCCCUGAUUUAUCAUGUAUUCUUCAAGUGGAAAACGUUUGACAACAGAGCCUUGCUACCA